GGCGACGUCACUUCCGCUUUCAGGUUGACAGCAAAACAAGAGAAGAAAGAACUGCAAAACACACAGCGGAGGAACAUUAGUGAAGCACAGCUGCUGUAACGGAAUGAAGGUGCUGACUUCACAGCAAGAGGUGGAGGAGGAGAACCCCUCAUCUCCUGUGGACUCCAACGACCAUCACAGCUGUGAGGACAGAGAACAGGAGGAAGUCCCCCUUUACCUCCCAGAGGAACACAGACAUGACACAGAUAAGGACCACCCCAAACCAGAAGGCGGAGUCAUGUGGAGAGUGGGAGGUGGCCUGUUCAGCAUGACACGAAACGUUGUUGGUGCAACAUUUGGGAGUGUUGCGUGGGUAGGAACUAAAAGUUUUGAGCUCACCAAAACAGCUGUGACCAGUGUGCCGGCAGCCAGUGUAGGACUGGUCAAAGGGAGUGUCUCCAUGGUUACAGGAGGUGUCGGAGCAGUGGGAUCUGUAGUGGCUAGUAAAGUCACACCAAGGAAGAAGGAUAAAGCUGACUGAUGACCUGUGGGCUGUGUGUGUGUGUGUGUGUGUGUGUGUGUGUGUGUGUGUGUCUCUGUGUGUGUGUGUGUGUGUGUGUGUGUGUGUCAUAAAACAAGCAAAAUACCUCGAAAGCUUUGAAUGGAUUUUCAUUAUACAAUGGUUAAGACACAAUGUUAACCAUUGUCUGAUACCUUUUGUUAUUGGCUGGUCCUCUGCAUCGAUUGUUCAUAGAAUCUGAUCUGAUCUUCAUCUGAGUCAGACAUGUAGACAAACACAGUGUCCAUGAGCUCAUAUCACACAAACAAUCUGUUACUUUUGUUACUUUAUUAAAUACUUCGAUAAUAACUGCUCCAACAUCCUUUGACAGCAAUAACCUAAAAUCAGCUUUUCCAGUAGCUGCUGAUCAGACCUGCACAGUUUUCCGGGGGAAGUUUUGAGCAUUCUUCCUGUUGGAAGUCCAAACAGAAAGACAAACUUGACUGGCAGUGGACAAGAGGUCAAUCAGUUUUUAUUAGCUCAACUACCAGUAGUAAAUACAACAUGAUAAUGAACUACAAGUGUUACUGACCUUGUUAUAUUUGCUAUUAGCUGUUGUUCAGUUAAAUUCUGUAUUUUAAUGUCACAGCUUUUUUUGCUUACUUCCUGUUUACAUCACCUUGCACAUGCCCAGUGUAGGUGAAUGGUCAUGUGAUAUGUGUUAGUAUGGACGGAGAUUAUUUCUGAUACAAAAACACUCAUCUUGUUUUAAAACGUUUAAAAAUGUUUUAAGGUAUAGGUAUAAAAUUAUCAUAAUUAUUAGUUUUCAUCAGUGUUGGCACUAGUAUUUAUUUAUUUUUUAUUUAUUUAUUUAAAAACACUCAUCAAACUUUAUUUUUAAGGCUUUUUGUUGAAUCUGAUGAAUCCUGUCGUUAUGUUGUUAGCCCAGCAUCUGCUCAUAAUAUUUUUCAUACACCUUUUUUUUAAUUAACUGUAUGUUAAGUAUUGAAAUUAUGUAGCUUUACUCGAUAUUAUUACUUCUGUAUGUGUAUAUUAACAGUGUUAAUCUUUACCACUGUCUUCUAUGGGUUCCCUGUGUUCCUUUUUUUACCUGCAGAUCACACGUUUUGGUAGAAUCUCUUUUCACAAAUGUUACAAUCACAUUUGUAAAUCACAAUGGUGAAUAUGUUCAUUUACAGGUUAACCACAGUUUGUUGUCACUGUGAUAUCAUUCAAAUGUCAUUUGAACAUGAAAAACUAAAAUAUGUCAACAGGCAAGCAAACAAUUCUUCAAGUAUGAAGAAAAAUGUUUUUAAUUGUAAAUAAUUGAUAUUAAUUUUGGUUUGAAGUGAACUUUUCUUUUAAGGAAAUUCCUAUUUUCCUACAAUUACGACCAGAUUUACAGAGAAAACAUCACAAAUUAUUACAGGCCUGUAAGAUGAAACUUUACCUCCAGUGCUAAAAUUUGAGUGAAUAUUGAACUUCUAUUUGUCAUUUGGAAACUUCAGUGUGAUGUUGAUGUUGCUUUGUGUCGUGAAGGUGUUCACAGAAUGUCAGAGCUGUAUCUCUGGGUCUGUCUGCCCUCUGCUGGUCAAAAAUGCAGAGGGGAUGACUUUUUUGACAAACUUUUUUAUGACAGCAUACAUGUUCCUUAUGAUGUUAUAGUAUGAAGUCAAAACUUUGUUUGCAUUUGUUUGAAUUUUGAAUUUGCACUGUUACUGUGAAGCUACAUUUCGGUAAAAAUCCUUGUACGUUUGCUGCAUGUUUUACACACAUUGUUUUCUCCUCUCUUACCUGAAUUCUUCUCUCUCUCUUUCUCCUUCCCUUCCUCCCUCUCUCUCUCUCUUUCUGUCUAUCUCCCCCUCUCUCUUGCUCUUUCUGAUUUUAAACCUGAAGACUCUGUUAUUAUGAAACAUUUCGAAAUAAGGAAUUUUAUGUAUUAUAGAAUUAUUUUUACAAACAGAAUGAAAAUGUCAAACUGUAAAAAUAAAAACUGUCAAGUAAA